AAUUUCUUUUGUCUGGUUCUUUUCAAAUCUGAGAUCAGCUCUUUAUGUUAUUGAGCUUUCUUUCUGAGAAAAAUGUAAGAAGAAUGAAAAUUCCAAUAAAGUGACAGCCAGGAGGAGAUGAACGAUGUCUGGCUAUAGGGUCAUGAACUUGAUGGCUGAUUUCCAGGAGGUUUCUAAUUUGCUGGAAGAUUGUAAGACUCACACUCCUCAUCUGAAGAUUCAAGAAAAGGUAAAAGUGAAGUUAAAAACUAACCCUUUUAACUUGGAUAUAAUGAAGUCAAAGGAUUGGGUGAAGGAUUAAUGGGGCUAAAAGUGGUAAAUCCAGAAGUUCAGUACUUUUUAAAGUUCAAAGGCUUCGCAAGGGAAGAAGGAAUCGCUUGUCUCUCCCGAAUCAGUGGAGAGCAAACCCUUCAAGUAAGAAGAGAAGAAACUGGAACCCCUUAUGCGAAUGGAUAACCAGUUCCCUCCCAGGAAAGUUCCAAGUUUUUGUUCCUUCCGCUACGGAUUAUCUCUCCUCUUGCAUUUCUGCAAUGUCAUAAUAACCGCACAGCGCACGUGUCUGAGCCUCACAAUGGUAGCCAUGGUGAACAGCACAGAUGCUCAUGGUUUGGCCAACACCACCACAGAGGAACACCUGGAUCACAAUAAGAACCCCGUGUAUAAUUGGAACCCCCAAGUCCAGGGCUUCAUCUUCAGUUCCAUCUUCUAUGGUGCACUCAUCACCCAAAUUCCUGCUGGAUACUUGUCUGAAAAAUACUCCAUCAAGAAAAUGAUUGGCUUUGCAUUCCUCCUCAGCUCUCUGCUUAGCCUGUUAAUGCCGAUGGCAGCUGAAGGUGGAGAAGCUUUCCUCCUGGCAUGCCGGGUAGCCCAGGGAGCAGCCCAGGGGUCGAUAUCCAUAGCUCAGCAUGUCGUGUGGGUCAAGUGGGCUCCUCCCUUGGAACGAGGCCGACUCACCUCCCUGAGUCUAUCAGGAAUUCUGCUGGGGUCCUUCGUUGUUCUGCUUGUGACUGGAUUCAUCUGCCAAUCCCUGGGCUGGCCCAUGGCCUUCUACAUUUUUGGUGCUUGUGGCUGUGCCCUAAGUCUUCUCUGGUUUGUUCUGUUCUAUGACGACCCAAAGGACCACCCAUGUAUAAGCAUCAGUGAGAAGGAAUACAUCUUGUCCUCCCUCAGCCAGCAGGUCAGCUCAAGGACACAGUCUCUGCCGAUCAAAGCUAUGAUUAAGUCUCUCCCAGUCUGGGCCAUUGCUUUAGGUUCCUUUGCUUUUCACUGGACAAAUAACAUCAUGGUUUUUUACACUCCAACAUUUAUCAACUCCAAGCUUCGUGUGAAUAUAAAAGAAAACGGGAUGCUGUCAGCCCUCCCCUCUUUGUUUGCCUGGAGCUUUGGUAUCCUAGCAGGUCACCUGACAGACUUCUUCCUGUCCAAGAAUAUUCUCCGCUUAGUUACCAUCCGGAAACUCUUCAACACACUAGGACUUCUCCUGCCUCCCUUCUUCAGCAUGUGCCUGCUCUACUGGAGUUUCAGCUUCUCUAGCAUUACUGUCUUCCUGAUACUUGCCAGUUCAACAGGAGCCUUCUGCAUGGCCGGAGUACUCAUAAAUGGCUUGGAUAUUGCUCCCAGUUAUUAUGGAUUUCUUAAAGGAAUUACAACUUUAAUUGGGAUGAUAGGAGGACUAACUUCUUCUACUCUGUGCGGCGUGAUCCUUAAUCAGGAUCCAGAAUCUGCCUGGUUUAAAAUUUUCUUCCUGAUGGCAGUCAUUAACGGGAUAUGCCUACUUUUUUGUCUCGUAUUUGGAAAAGCAGAAAUUCAGGACUGGGCUAAAGAUAGACAAGAACACACACGCCUCUGAAGGAGGAGAACAGAGUAGCACAUGCCUGGGAUAAACUGUCAUCAGCACAAGGAAGAUAGCUGGAGAAAAAUACGCUUGACCAGACUGGUGCUUUGAACUGUUCUGAAAGCUUUCCUUUAUCCGCCGGGACUCACCCGUGACAUUUGUGUGCACUUUUUUCUUUCUCUACAAAACUUCGUGUAAAGCAGAACCCUGGGAGAGCCUGGGACUGACCUCCUCACUGAAGGGAAGAGGGACCAGCACCGGAGCUGGGACUGAGGGGCAGUACGCGGCCCAAGGAAGACGAUGGCGUGCACCUUCCUAGGAUGUCCCCCGCCACACACACCCCGUGUGCAUCUCUUUUGUACCAUAUAUUGUUUGUACCAGCUAGCAGGUCUGAAUUUUAAAUGUGGAUUUUUUUCGUCUUCCACUCCACAUUCUUUGCUUUAUAAAUGAUUGCUGAGUCAACCAAUAAACAAGUGCAAGAAAAACAA